AUGGCUCACCCGUCUGGCUCGGGACGCAGAGAGAUGACCAACGGCUCCCACGGGGGAGGCCAUGCCGGGGGGGCGCACACGGCCACCCGAAACCUGCUGAGGAAGCAGCAGAGACAUCACCGCAGGAUGAGGUCCUCCUCCCCCAUGGGCCGCGUCAUCCUCAUCAACUCGCCGGUCGACGGUGGCGAUGACAGCGAGGACAUCCACACGGUGACGGUGGACAAGAGCGCAGAUGGCCGGCUGGGCUUCAGCGUGCGCGGGGGCUCUGAGCACGGCCUGGGCGUGUUCGUCAGCAAGGUGGAGGACGAGAGCUCUGCAGAGCUCGCUGGGCUGUGUGUGGGGGAUAAGCUGGUGGAAGUGAAUGGGAUCAGCCUGGAGAGCAUCACAAUGAGCAGCGCUGUGAAGGUCCUCACUGGCAACAACCGCCUACGCAUGGUGGUCAGGAGGGUGGGCAAGGUGCCCGGCAUCCGCUACUCCAAGGAGAAGACCACCUGGGUGGACCUGAUCCAUCGCAGGAUGGUGGUGGAAGAGACUGGGAACACCCCCUCUGAGGCCAGCUCGGACAGCGCCCUCCGGAGGAUCAUCCACCUCUACACCACAUCCGACGACUACUGCCUGGGCUUCAACAUCCGCGGGGGCAGGGAGUUCGGCCUGGGGAUCUACGUGUCCAAACUGGAUCCAGGGGGGCUGGCGGAACAGCACGGGAUUAAGAUGGGGGACCAGAUCCUGGCGGCCAAUGGGGUGAGCUUCGAGAACAUCAGCCACAGCAGUGCCGUGGAGGUCUUGAAGAGCCACACCCACAUCAUGCUCACCAUCAAGGAGGUUGGACGAUACCCUGCUUACAAAGAGAUGGUGGCAGAAUACAGCUGGCUCGAUAAGUUGGCGAAUGGGACAACGCAGUCCUCCUCCCACGGUUCGGACUCCAACUCUCUGAGCUCGUCGCUCUCGUGCGGAACCCCGGCUAGCUCCCUGAGCGGCCUCUCCCAGGUGAUGCUCCCUCCCAGCAUGCCCGGCUUCGGCCCCGACAUGGUGGACGUGCACCUGGGCCCGUCCGGCACAGACAGGACCGAGGCCUCUAUCCAGACAGACCCCCCCGAGCCGGACCCCGCGCUCGUCUCCACGGAAACCAGCCGGAGCCUGGGGGCCACCGUGCUGCUGAAGGACACGGCCAUUCGGGGGCAAAGCUCGGAGAGGGGGGGCAGGAGAGGCACGCUUACUCCCGAGGGGGUGCUGGUGUCCCCGAAAACUGCCCUGCUCAUGGCCCUCAGCAAGCCACCCCGACCCAUCCGCAGGUCCCAGAGCCACAUCACUGUAUCGGAAGACAACCAGAAGAAGUGGAAGAAGCAGCUGCAGAAGGGGACGGCUGAGGAGGGGGGGAAGACCCUGAAACGCUCCAAGACUUUCGUCAACCUGCUGUUCAGGGGCGGGCGCAAGAGGGACGCCUCCAGGGGGCGCUCCAAGUCUCCGUCCCGCUCUGAAACAGACCGCGAAAAAGGAUCGGGCCACAGCCCGCUGCCGGCGCCAGAGAUGCUGGGGGUGGUGGAGGACAUGGCCCGCAAGCUCUUGGGGGAGGACGAGGUGGUGGCCGUAAUGAGGCACUGCAGGAGGUUUGCAUCGGAGCGGGUGGUGGAGGACCUGGUGCACCCCCUGCUGGCCAUUCUGGACCGGCCUGAGAAACUUCUGCUGCUGAGGGAAAUCAGGAUGCUCAUCCACCCCACUGACCUGGGCCGCUUUGACAGCAUGGUAAUCCCCUUCGAGAUGGAAGCCUAUGACAUCCUAAAGAGCCGAUCUGUCAGGUCCCCUGUCCUCCAUUCCCCUCACACCAGUCGGGCCCCGAAACGCCACCUCAUCACCCCCGUCCCUGACUACAGGGGAGGCUUUCAGCUUCAUCCCUCGCGGGACUUGGAGAAGGACCGGCAGCUAAUGGAGGACAUAGAAAAGCUCCGUUUGUCCAGGACGCCGGACGCCAGGUCGCACCCCUCCCGGGCCUUCACCCCCCUCCUGGACAUCCCGGUAGACGGCUACGCCUCGGACUCCCCCCGCCAGCGCCCCGCCAGCCCCAUGUCCCCGAACUGGCUCCUGGCCGAUUCCCCCCACAGCACCGUUCAGCGCUCCCCCCCCAGGCGAGAAAAUGGUUUGGCCCGUUCCGUCCACCUGGAUGAGGUUUCGUUGCGCUCUGCCGCGGACGCGGGAGAUACUAUCCCAGAAAGGGGGAGGUCUCCGUUCAGAAACGGCCACACUCGCGGUAGAAAGGACAAAGCCGAGCCCAGAGAGGGGAAGGAUGCGGUGUUUGUGCCCGUGGGCGCCCCCCGCCGCAGCCGGCCUGCGCUGUCCCAGGUCUUCAACUCGCACUCGGACUCUCACCCUCCAGCAACCCCUGCAGGCAAAGCAGAGAAUGAACAAACCAAGGGACAUGAGAACGGCCAUUUUGAUGCGCCAGUGCUGGAGUAUGAACUCACCACUGUUGCCAUCUCCAAGACCAAGCAGUCUUUGGGGAUCAGCAUCUCAGGAGGGGCGGAGUCCAGGGUGCAGCCGGUGGUGAAGAUAGAGAAGAUCUUUCCGGGAGGAGCCGCGUCCACCUGCCAAGUGCUGAAGGCUGGGUUGGAGCUGGUGUCGGUCGACGGGGAGUCGCUCAGGGGCGUGUCCCACCAGCAGGCAGUGGACGCCAUUCGUAGGGCGUUCAGCAACAAGUCCAAAGACCCCAUGGUGUUCGUGGUGAAGGUCCCCAAGACUGAGGACAGAUGAGGGACCCCACUUGCUGGACACGGAGCAGGGAGACACAAAAUGGCUGCCUAAUCCAGUGGGAGUGAACAGUCAUGCCACCUUAACUCUCCUCAUGCUGAGGCAUUCAGCUGGAGAAAUGCUUGUGCUACGUUCACCACCACAAGUCUAUAUGCAGAACAUAAGUCAAAAAUACAUGGUAAUAUGUUUAUGAAUGUCUCAAAUUGAUGGCAUAUUAUCAAAUGUAGAAUUAUUUUCCUAAAAUGCCAGUAUAGUAAUACAGCAUGCAAUUUUACAUCAUAGAGGAUAUGAAAUGAAUUCUAUAUAUAGCUACAGCAUGCUAUAAGCUGUGGAAAAAGACAUCUGCCAAGCAGGUGAAUGAUGUAAAGGUUAAAUAAUAAUUUUACAGAAUUGUGUGAAUCAGAUGUUUGAUAAUAAAGAAACAUUGUGACAUUUUUCCUAUUGCUGCAGAAUUCUCUAAUUGUUCAAGUCAAAGCUACAGUGACUGACUAUGUAGCAUGUGAGGGGAAAAAAUAUGUAAAUGAUUUGUACUUAAUGAUAAACAUUAGCCUUGUAUAUCUGAUUAAAAAACAGAGCUCCGCACUAAAA